GCUUUGGUCGCCUUUGCCCAGUACCUUCAUGACGGAAACCGAGGAAAAGCUCAGGACGAUGGGAGUCACCAUGGACCAGCGGCGCCGGUUAAUGAUGGCCUCAAAGCUGGGCCUGGGGCCCCUCACCCAGCUCAGCGCGGGACCGCCUGGGCUUGACGACAAAGGCUCCAGGUCGCGCUCCCCGCCACCCGGUCGAGGCGGCAGCCAGGUGGCACCGCCCAGCGCACUCGUCGCGCUGGCUCCGGGGGGCCACUUG